AUUUUGACAUAUGUCAAAAUCAUAAAUGAUUGUUUGUAUUGGAAUCUCUUUAGCCAAACACAUAUCCUAACACAUUGUUGUUUACAAAAUUAAAUAUUCAACAAUUUUCAUCGGUACCAUUUGACCUUAGCAGAUCGGUGGUCGGCAGUUUUUUCUUUAAACGCUUUUAUUUUUCUUAAAUCCGAUUUUUUUUUAGUUGAAAAGAAGUUAAAAUGUCAUGUUGUAUUGUUGGAUGUUCGAACGAAGGUGCGUCUGCUUCAAAAGAGACCACCUAUCACUUGUUUCCACAUCCGACGAAAGACGUGAGCAGAUUUCAGAAAUGGCUUGAAGCUUGUAAAAAUCCUCGUAUCCAGAAAAUGGAUCCGAUGUCCGUGCAUAAGAGAUAUCGUAUUUGUCGUCGUCAUUUCGAUCAAGAUUGUUUGAAUGGAGGAUGUCGCCGGCUUCUUAACACUGCUGUGCCUACACUUCAUCUUGAGACAUCAACAAAGACGACUAUCAAAUCGGAUGAAAGCCAUGAAUUAGCUCCCACGGCUGGAAUCAUUUAUGUACCUGUAGCCGUAGAUAACACGGAAGAACACUUUGAACUAGUGUUAACUGAAAAUGAUCCUCUGGUUGACGAAAACAACUUAAAAGUUCUAAAUGCAAGCAUGCAUUCGCCACCCAACAAAAGAAAAUCGAAAGAAAUUAAUUUAUCGAAAUGUGGCGGUGAUAAAUAUGGUUAUUUGAAGGAAAUUCACACUAAACACAAGAUUAAAAGACAAAAAACUGACGUUGACGAAACAGAAGAAAACAUUCAAGACAUUUCCCACGAGAGUAUCAAACAGAACGAGUUGCAUGAGUUAGAAUUGCAAGAAGUACAAUAUGAGCUACUGGAUGUGGAAGACGAUAAAUAUUACAAAGUUCCAUUGACUGACGAGACGUUUCGAAAAUGGCGUAAGGAUUUCUACAAAUGUGAGAAGAAUGUGCUAGCACAAAAUGUGUGCUCUCGCAUCGAUCCAUUUGAAGCGGCAUUAUCACGUAAGGUUCUGGAAAACACUCAACACGUUUUCACUUACAAAGUGGAAUCGGAAGGUAAACCGUUGACCAAUCAAAAGAAUUCCGGACGCUGUUGGUUGUUUGCCGCAUUGAACAGCAUUCGAAUCCCGUUCAUGAAGAAUUACAAUCUGGAUGAAUUUGAAUUUUCGCAAACCUACCUCUUCUACUGGGAUAAAAUUGAACGAUGCCAUUACUUUUUGAACAAUAUCAUUGAAACGGCUGCCAAAGGCGAAGAGGUCACUGGCCGAUUGGUUUCAUUCCUGUUGAAUGAUCCAACAUGUGAUGGUGGGCAAUGGGAUAUGUUUGUUAAUUUGAUCAAGAAGCAUGGUCUCAUGCCGAAGAAAUGCUACCCAGAAACAUACUGUUCGGAGGCCUCAGUGCGUAUGAAUGCCAUUUUGAAAAGUAAACUGCGUGAAUAUGCUAAGAUUUUGCGUGAUUUGGUUGCGGCUGGCAGCUCUGAGGAUGAUGUACGAGCAAAGCUCAACGAACAAAUGGGCGAAAUUUAUCGAAUCGUUGGCAUUUGCUUGGGCAUUCCAGAUGAAACAUUCACAUGGGAAUACUAUGAUAAGAGCAAAAGCUAUCACUGUAUCAAAGCAAUCCGACCGAUUGAUUUUUAUGAAAAAUACGUGAAACCAUACUUUGAUGUUGACGAUAAAGUGUGCAUUGUUACCGAUCCACGUCCAUCAAACACCUAUGGUCAGGCAUAUACCGUCGAAUAUCUGGGCAAUAUGGUUGGCGGACGACCCGUUCUGUACAACAAUCAACCGGUGGAAUUGCUCAUGGAAUUGGUUGCCAAUUCGCUCAAAAACACCGAACCCGUUUGGUUUGGUUGUGAAGUGAGCAAACGGUUUGCAGCAAAGCAAGGAAUUGAAGAUUUAACUGUGCACGACUUUAAACUGCUGUUCGGUGUUGACAUCCAGAUAACACUAUCGAAGGCCGAUCGAAUGAUCUAUGGCGAAUCAAUGAUGACACACGCGAUGACAUUCACCGCUGUAUCAUGUGGCGAGGAUGGAAAAGCUACAAAAUUCCGCGUCGAAAAUUCUUGGGGUGAGGAUCGAGGUGAGAAAGGCUACCUGAUAAUGUCGUCCGAAUGGUUCAAGGAAUUCGUGUUCGAAAUUGUCGUCGAUAAGAGCAUCGUACCAAAGGAUGUGUUAGAUGUAUUCGGUCAAACACCAAUAGUUCUUCCGGCAUGGGAUCCAAUGGGAACUCUAGCCAACAAUUCUUAAGUGGAUUACGCAAUUUAUGAUUUUAAUUUUUUAUUUGUAUUUCCGUUCAAUUUCUUUUCUAACGUGUUAAUAAUAUACAUAAUAAGCAGUAACUGUGACAGUGUAUAGAUGUGAGUGCAUGCACCGCAAAUAUUCCAGCAGAAAUGCUUCCUCACAACAACGUAUGAAGAUGAAAAACGCAAAACUAAUACCAUAUACAAACAUAUUCUUUUUAUAGAGAUUUCGAUAUUUUCCAAAACAAUUCAACCACUUUGUUUCUGCGUAGACUUUCAUUUUUUUUUCUUAGUUGAUAAAGUCAUUAAACUGGAGUGUGAAGUGUGAAAAAAAACACAAAAUGGAAAAAAAAAUCAUGCCAUCUUAAAUAUUUCUGAUGAAUAAAAAUUCCUGGUAAAUUCCUAUAUGA